AUGGCCGCCGCGUCAUCUCAGUUGCGGGGUGCUCGAUGGCAGCUCCUCGCGCUGCUGCUCUGCGCGCUGCGCGCGUCGAGCUUCGCGCCGCGCAGCGCGCCGCGCUCCGCCGCGCGCCGCUCGGCGCCGCGCCGCGCCGCCGCGACGGAUGAGGCCUACGACGCGGUCAUCAUCGGCAGCGGGUUCGGCGGCCUCUGCUGCGGCGCGCUGCUGGCCCACUACGGCCAGCGCGUCGUCGUGCUGGAGUCGCACGAGCACGUCGGCGGCUGCGCGCACGGCUUCAGACGCGGCGCGUACACGCUCGACAGCGGCCCGAGCCUCUGGGCGGGCUGCAGCGUGCCGUCGACGUCGCCGCUGCGCCAGGUCAUGGACGCCGUCGGCGCGGAGGUGGACUGGGUGACCUACGACGGCUGGGGCGUCCACGACCUCCGGGCCGGCGAGGCCUUCCGCAUGUCCGUCGGGCCCGAGGCCUUCGAGGCCGUCGUGCGACAGUACGGCGACGUCGGCCAGUGGCGGCGCCUGCUGGCGGCCAUCGAGCCCGUCGUCGACGCGUCCAUGGCCUGCCCGCCCAUGGCCCUGCGCGCCGACCCGCUGGGCUUCCUGCGGACGGCGCUGGGGCCGUACCUGCUCCCGGCGAUCGCGUCGACGAGCGUCCGCGCGCGCGCGUUCAUGCCGGACCUGCUCACGGGCCCCGCGGCGGCCCUCGCGGACCUCGCGGACGUCGACGACGCCUUCGUCCUCAAGUGGCUCGACUACCUCGCCUUCGCGCUGAGCGGCCGCCCCGCGGACGACACCGUCGGCGCGGCCGUCGCCUACACGCUCGGCGACCUGCACCGGCCGGGCGCGUUCCUCGACUACCCCGUCGGCGGCUCGGGCGCCGUCGCCGAGGCGCUGGCGGCGAGCAUCGCGAAGGCCGGCUCGGAGGUGCGCACGCGGGCCCACGUCGCGGAGAUCCUCGUCGAGGGGAACGAAGCGCGCGGCGUGCGGCUCCGCGACGGAUCGGAGGUGAGAGCUCGCCGCGUCGUGUCCAACGCGGACAUCUGGAACACGGUGAAGCUGCUGCCGGCGCGCGUCGCCCCGGCCUGGCGGGCGGCGACGGAGCGGGACGUGGCGCCGACGCCGUCGUUCGUGCACCUCUGGGUCGGCUUCGACGGCGCCGACAUCCCCGCCGACCUCGACGUGCACCACACGGUGUUCAACGAGGGCUUCCUCGGCGACGACGCGGCGGCCAUCGACGCGCGGGAGAACAUGUACAUCAUCUCGAUCCCGUCGCUCUUCGACGCGGCCCUCUCGCCGGAGGGGAAGCACGUGGCGCACUGCUACGCGGCGGCGCACGAGCCCUUCGAGGCCUGGGAGCACCUGGACCGGACGAGCCAAGAGUAUAAAGCGAAGAAGGAGGCCGCCGCGGAGCCCCUGUGGCGCGCGCUCGAGGCCGUCGUGCCGGAUAUUCGGAAACGGAGCGAGAUGGUCGUCGUCGGCACGCCCCUCACGCACCGCGACUUCCUCCGGCGGCACCGCGGCUCCUACGGCCCGUCGGGCGUUUCCGGGUUGGCGAACGGGCUCACGCCCGUGGACGGGCUCUACACCGUCGGCGACUCGAACUUUCCCGGCAUCGGCGUGCCCGCGGCCGCGGCGUCGGGCAUCCUCGUGGCCAACGCGCUCGCGCCCCUCGGCGACCACCUGCGGCUCCUCGACGCCAUGGGCGCCGACCUCAAGGCGGGCACGGCCUGGUGGGGCGAGGCGGCGCCGCCGAACCCCGUCGCCGGCGGGCGCAUCGCCCUGGGGCGGAGCGAGCCCGCGGACACGCUCGGCCGCGCCGCGUAA